AUGACCGACUCCCAACCUCCCUCCCAACCCCAACCUGCGAACGGGUCACAAGAGCAGUCGACUGUUCCUGAAUCUGCAUCAUCCACCCCCCUCAAAACCGAGCCGGCUGAUUCAGCCAUCAAGACUGAACCCGAUCUCGACGCCUCUAUCGAGCAGGACAUCGACAUGACCGCUGAGCAGACUGCGGCCAGCGCGGGAGCUGAAGACGGCGCUGCGCCAGAGGUUGAUCCCAUGGCUGCGGUGCCGCCGCCGAGUAAGAAGGAGACUAGCUUACGCGAGUUUUUGGGCAAGAUAGAUGAUUAUGCGCCGAUUAUCCCUGAUGCUGUGACAGCCCACUAUCUCACCCUUGCCGGCCUCCCGCCUCCAGGGACCGGGCCGAACCAAACACCACCUCACCUGGCCCGUCUACUGGCUCUCGCGACACAGAAAUUUGUCUCCGAUAUUGCUGCCGACUCAUAUCAAUUUGCCCGUAUUCGUGCAUCCAACAGUUCUUCCGCCAACAACCCAAUGGGCAGUUUGACUGCGGCAUCAGGUCUUGGCGGUCCGGCCGGUGCAGGCGCAGCCCCCGGUGCAAUCGCCGGUGGUGAUGGUGGUAAAGGCAACAAGGGCAAUACACACCUCGGUAUCCAGCGCCCUGGCUUUGGUGGUGGUGGCUCUGGUGGUUCUGGGCAAGGCCGUACUGUGCUCACGAUGGAGGAUCUCGGUAUGGCCGUUUCGGAAUACGGCGUUACUGUAAAGCGGGGAGAGUUCUACAGGUAA